AUGCAGAAAAACACAGCAUUGUAUGCUAUUGGUGAUGCUCUUAAAACUCUUGAUGGUUAUUUUGUAAAGAGGAUAGGACAUACGUGCAUAGCUGCGCUUUUACUAAAGCAUGGAGCAAAUAUUAAUUUAUUUGAUAAAACUGGUGCAAGUCCGUUACAUGUAGCUUGCAAAUAUGGAAAAGAGAGCACUGUGGAGCUUUUGUUAAGUAACAAGGCAAAUAUCAAUAUUUGUACCAAAAGAGGCAAAAGUCCUUUACAUAUAGCUUGUCGAAAAGGAAAUGAUAGCAUUGUCCAGCUUUUGCUAAAAGAAACUAAUAAGGAACAUUUGAAUUUAUGCUCAAAAGCCGGAACCAGUCCUCUCUAUGAAGCUUGCAAAUAUGGACAUUCAAGAUCUGUAGAACAUUUACUAAAUAAUGGAGCAAACAUCAAUUUAUGUAACAAAAAAAGGAAAAGCCCUCUCUUUAUAGCAUGUGAAAAAGGAAAUGAUGACAUAGUAAAUGUCUUACUUUGGAAUAAUGCAGACUGCAAUUUAUGUUCUAAAACUGGAGAAAGUCCUAUCUUCGAAGCUUGCAAAAAAGGAUAUGAGAGAAUUGUACUAUAUUUACUGACAUAUAAUUCAGAUAUCAAUUUAUGUGCACAAAACGGUAAAAGUCCACUCUACAUAGCUUGUCAGAACGGAUUUGAAAGAACUGUGAAACUUUUGCUGAGUAAUAGAGCAGACAUCAAUAUUUGUUCAACAAUGGGAGAAAGUCCUCUACAUAUAGCUUGUCAAAGAGGAUAUCAUAACAUUGUUUAUAUUUUACUGAAUGAGACUAAUGAUGCAAAAGUGAAUCUCUGUUCCAAUUCUGGAGCAAGUUCUCUUUAUACAGCUUGCCAAUACGGUCAUGCCAGUAUUGUAAAAUGUUUAUUGACAAAUGGAGCUGUCAUAAACAUACGUGAAAAAACCGGAAAAAGUCCACUUCAUAUCGCUAGUCAAAAUGGACACGAAUCUAUUGUUAAGAUGUUAUUAAAUAAAGGUGCAAAUAUCAAUUUAUGUUCUGAAACCGAAGGCACUCCUCUAUAUGUAGCUUGUCAAAAUGGUCAUAAUAGCACUGUUGAACUUUUACUUACUCAUGAAGCAGACACUAACUUAUGUGCGGCCAAAGGAGAAAGUCCUCUCUACGCAGCCUGUCAAAAUGGACAUGAUAGAAUUGUACAACUUUUACUGAAUAAGGGAGCUGAUAUAAAUAUAUGUGCUGAAAACGAUAUUGGUUUUUGA